GGCAGUCCCGCGCAUACGAAGGAUUUAAGAAACCGCAACCACAGAACAAAAAUACUGAACACAUGAUCCUUGUCUGUAAAUGUAUAAGAGAAAUCUGACUUCAGUUCCAGGAAUUUUUUCACGAGUUAUUACUGCUUUUAAUUGCAAGUCCAGUUUUAUCCAUACAGCCCAAUCGAAACACCCUUUCUAUUCUCCGUUCACUUUGGAGGUUUUAGCAUCCAAAAUCGCACCGGUUCUACAAAAAGACCCCUCUCUUUCUCCUUCUGUGUUUCAUCAAGCGCAGCAGAUUCACGCCCAGAUUACUGUAAAUGGACUCCAGAAAGUGGGCAUUCUUGGCACAAGAAUUUUGGGUAUGUACGUUUUGUGUAACAAGUAUUUUGAUGCCAAGGAAUUGUUUUAUCAGCUUAAUUUAUGCUAUGCUGCUCCUUGGAAUUGGAUGAUUAGAUGUUUUACCAUGGCGGGCUAUUUUGGUUUUGCAAUUUUAUUCUAUUUUAAGAUGUUGGAUUUUGGUACUUGGCCCGACAAGUAUACUUUUCCUUAUGUAAUUAAGGCUUGUGGAGGCUUGCGUUCUGUUAAGUUAGGGACAUAUAUACAUGGCUUGAUUAAAGAUUUAGGCUUUGAGAUGGAUGUGUACGUUGGUAGUGCUCUUGUCAAGUUCUAUGCAGAUAAUGACUGUAUAGAAACUGCACAUCGUUUGUUUGAUAAAUUGCCUCAGAGGGAUAGUGUUUUGUGGAAUGUAAUGCUUAAUGGUAUUGUAAAAUGUGGGGAUUCGGUGGAUAACGUGAUUGGUUUGUUUGUGGAAAUGAGGAAUAGUGUAGUUAGGCCUAAUUCCGUUACUUAUGCAUGCAUUAUUUCUGUUUGUGGAACGAAGGCAACGGUUGGAUUUGGUACUCAGAUUCAUGGGUUAAUUGUUAGAUGUGGGCUGGAUAUGGAUACUCUGGUGACUAACACUCUGGUCACCAUGUAUGCGAAAUGUCAUUGCUUGUUUGAUGCACGGAAGUUAUUUAAUUCACUAAAACAAGCUGAUUGUGUGACUUGGAAUGGGAUGAUUGGAGGAUAUGUUCAGAAUGGGUAUAUGGACGAGGCAUUGGAUUUAUUUCCUAAUAUGAUAGCAUUAGGUGUCAAACCGGACUCCGUUACUUUUGCAAGUUUGCUUCCGUCAGUUUCUCACUCUGAGAAUUUUACUCAAGGAGAGGAAAUACAUGGUUAUAUCAUAAGACAUGGUGUGACUCUGGAUAUUUUUCUGAAAAGUGCACUUAUUGAUAUGUACUUCAAGUGCAAGAAUAUGGAAAUGGCUUGCAAGGUCUUCCACUGGGGCUCUGCAGUAGACACAGUUAUUUGCACUUCUAUGAUUUCAGGGUUUGUGCUCAAUGGGAUGAAUCUUGAUGCCUUGGAAAUUUUUAAAUGGAUGCUUGAUAAGAAAUUGAGGCCCAAUGCUGUUACAUUAGCCAGUGUUUUACCAGCUUGUGCAGGUUUGGCCGACUUGAAAUUGGGUAAGGAGUUGCACGGUAACAUCCUUAGAAAUGGGCUUGAACAAAGAUGUUAUGUGGGAACUGCACUAACCGAUAUGUAUGCUAAAUGCGGAAGGCUAGAUCUUGGUCAUCAAAUUUUUACAAGGAUGUCUGAAAGAGAUUCUGUAUGCUGGAACUCAAUUAUUACAAGCUGUAGCCAGAAUGGCAAGCCAGGACAGGCCAUUGAUCUUUUCCGCUGCAUGGGUAAGGAAGGAGCCAAAUAUGACUGUGUCAGCAUAUCAGCUGCUCUUUCUGCAUGCGCAAACUUACCAGCGCUUCAUUAUGGGAAAGAGAUCCAUGGUUACCUGACGCGCAAUGCAUUCAGCUCUGAUAUUUUUGCCGAGAGUGCACUAAUAGACAUGUAUGCUAAAUGUGGCAAUUUGUAUUUAGCACAAGAAGUUUUUGACACAAUGGAGUACAAAAAUGAAGUUUCUUGGAAUAGCAUAAUUUCUGCUUAUGGAAACCACGGUCUACUAAAGGAGACUCUGGCUCUAUUUCAUGAAAUGAAAAAAGUUGGAUUCCACCCUGAUCAUGUCACUUUUCUUGCCAUAAUAUCUGCCUGUGGUCAUGCUGGUCAACUCGAAGAAGGAAAGCAUUACUUCAACUGCAUGAUUCAUGACUAUGGGAUUGCAGCUCGAAUGGAGCAUUAUGCAUGCUUGAUCGAUAUGUUUGGACGAGCUGGUCAUAUAGAAGAUGCGUUCCAAGUGAUAGAGAAUAUGCCAUUUACUCCAGAUGCAGGCAUCUGGGGGACAUUACUUGGGGCUUGCCGUGUUCAUGGUAAUAUGGAGCUUGCUGAAAUGGCUUCAGAACAUUUACUUCACUUGGACCCACAAAAUUCUGGCUACUAUAUAUUAUUAUCAAAUUUGCAGGCUGAUUCUGGAAAUUGGCAGAGGGUUCAUCAAAUCCGGAAUAUUAUGAAAGAAAGAGGAGUACAAAAAAUACCCGGCUUUAGCUGGAUUGAGUUGAAUAACAUCACCCAUAUGUUUGUUGCUGCAGAUACAAGUCAUCCAGAGUCUGCUCAGAUCUAUCUAGUAUUAAAGAAUCUUCUUCUGGAGCUCCAAAAGGAAGGAUAUGUUCCGCAACUGUACUCUCUAACUCAGCAACUGGCUGAAGCAGUGUCUUUACAAGCAGAAUCCAAUUGAUUCCGAAAAAUAAUUCAGCAUCAACUACUUACCAUCAAUGGAAAAGCAAGAAACAGGUUAGCAUACACUUUCGAAUCACAUUUGGUGGUUCAGAACAAUACAACAGAUCAGAUGGAUUCAUGCCCACGAGCCAGAUUCAUUAGACAUAUGAGGUUGUGCUGUCUUCAAGAUGCUCUCCAGUGCAAGGAAUGAUUCUGGCUCCAAGUGAAGGUGCAAGGCAUGUCAAUUUGUUUAGUUGUUUUCCUUAAUAGCUACUAUUUGUCAAAUUGGGCAACCAUAGGGAAAUUAAUGGUGCAUGGUGCAUCAGUCGUAAAAAUAAUGAAUUUUUGAAAUGAAAUGAACAAAUAAAAUUGGAUACAGUUUUGGCACAUAAGAAAUGUGAAAUUUUUUGUGUUA